CAGGCGGCAGUGUUGCCAGGAGCAGUCAGUAGGAUGGCUGAUCCUCCGGUCGUAGUUCGUCUUGUAGUGUCGUGUCUACGGUCCCGAUCUGGAGGGUUGUCUCGAGUCUGAGGUCCCGGGUAUAGUGUCCUGUCUGGAGUCUGAGGUCCUGGCUAUAGUGUCCUGUCUGGAGUCUGAGGUCCUGGCUAUAGUGUCCUGUCUGGAACCUGAGGUCUCGACAUAGGGUGCCGUCUGGAAUCUGAACUUAAGGAAACUUCCCCGCGGACAGACAGGCAGUAGGUGCUACUCCUACUUAUGUGGAAAAAUCAAAAGAAGAUGGCGGGAACGAACGGCGAGAUAGUGGAGGAGAAGGGAGGGUACAAGAACGGGGGCCUGCUGCCGGAGUGGCCGGCGGAGCAGCCGCAGCAGCAGGAGCAGGAGCCAAUGGCCUGCGGGCUCGGCCCCUGCAAGCCCCGCUGGAUCCAGCUCUUCGCCUCCAAGCAGGCCUUCCUCGUCACCUUCUGCAUCACCUGGGUCCUCCAGGGCAUGUACUACACCUACUUCGUGUCCGUCAUCACCACCAUCGAGAAGCUGUUCCAGCUCCAGAGCAAGACCACUGGCUUCAUCAUGAGUGCCACCGAGAUCGGGCAGAUAGGGUCCUCCUUGCUGCUCACCUACUACGGCGGCCAAGGCCACCGACCCAAGUGGAUCGCCUGCGGGAUGGUACUCUUCGCCGUGUCAUCGCUCGCUUGCUCUCUUCCGCACUUCAUCUUCGGCCACCGGAUGCUCUCCGAGAAUGCGCCCGCCCUUGCUCCACCGAGUGUUUGCCAACUGCCCGACGUAUACAUCUCACAUGCGAACGAGACCUCUGCCCAGUGCAGAGAAGUGGAGCAGUCCAACAUUACGACCAUCGUCUUGUCCAUCUUCUUCAUCAGCCUGCUCGGGGUGGGUAUGGGACAGACGGCGGUCUACACCCUCGGGAUCCCCUACAUCGACGACAACGUGGCCAGCAGGGAGAGCCCCCUCUACUUCGCCAUCACUAUCGGAGUGAGGAUCCUCGGACCCGCCCUCGGGUUCAUCCUGGGCUCGCUGUGUACCCGGCUGUACGUGGACCUCAGCGCCGAACCCCAGAUCACUCCCGACAACCCCCGCUGGGUGGGAGCGUGGUGGUUGGGGCUGGUUCUCAUCUCCAGCCUCCUCGUCCUGGCCUCUUUGGCGAUGUUCUCCUUCCCCAAGAAGCUUUCCACCUGCAGGCCGUUGCCUUCAACCAAGAAACCUCGUGAGACUUCCAGAAAGAAUCCCAGACUCAAAGACUUCCCGAAAGCAGUGAAGAGGUUAUUAAGAAACGAUAUUCUCAUGUUCCGGACUGCAUCGAGUGUUCUUCAUAUUCUUCCAAUCGCUGGACUUUACACAUUCCUCCCAAAAUACCUUGAAUCUCAGUUCAGAUUGACUGCGCACGCGGCUAACAUGGUUUCAGGAGUAGGAGGAAUUUUAGUGAUGGGUCUUGGGAUCAUUCUGUCAGGUGUGUUCAUUCUGCGAGUGAAGCCAAAUGCAAGGUUUGUCGCUGCCUGGAUUGCUUUCACUGCUGUAGUCUAUGCAAUUGGUAUGGGGAUUCUUAUGUUUGUUGGUUGCCCAAUGAAUGACUUUGCAGGUCUUCAGAAAGAAAUGGGUUCUUAUUUCAGCGUAACCAAGUUUGAGCCAGUCUGUCAAGAUGUUUGCAAUUGUGAUGAAUCAAAAUUCAGUCCAGUAUGUGGAAAAGAUGGGAUGACAUAUUUUUCUCCAUGUGAUGCUGGUUGCCAGAAUUAUUCAAUCAUAGAUGGAUCUAUUGUUGAGUUUUCCAACUGUGUUUGUAUCUCAAAUAUGACGUUACCCGCUGGUGAGAAAAACAUAGCAUCUGCAGGGUACUGCGAUUUGGGCUGUGGCAACUUCACUUGGUACAUUCUACUUUUCUCGUUGUUUGUCUUUGUGCACUCAACGUCGGAGGUCGGUUCAAUGUUACUUAUACUGAGAUGCGUAGAUCCUACUGAUAAAGCAAUGGCCCUUGGACUGAUACAAUUCGCUAUUGGCCUCUUUGGUAACGUACCCUGCCCAAUAGUUUAUGGUGCUGUUGUUGAUUCAGCGUGUCUCAUAUGGGACACAGCAUGUGGAAAGAAAGGUGCUUGUAUGCUUUAUGAUGGAAACUUUUUUAGAAUGUUUUAUCAUGGGACUACAGGAGCCAUUCUUCUUUGUGCAUUCCUCGUAGAUGUCAUAGUCUGGUAUAAGGCUGGAAGCAUUAACUUUGUUGAUGAACAAGUUACCGUACAAGAAGAAGAAUUGAAUCCCUUCACUGCAAGGUCAAGAUCGGAAACAAGUGUAUGAACAAUAUAAAUACACUAACUUCUUUCUGUAAAAAAUGUUUUAUAUUAGAAAUUAGCUUGGAAAAAAGUUAAUGUUAUUUUGUGACUUCUAGAAAGUGGCACUUUCUAUAGUUUUCAGAUUAUGGACAAUUAGAAUCUUAGUUUAUUUUUUAAUUUGUAUAUAAAACAAUUUUUAAAAAAAUAUUAGUGUCUCACAAAUUCAUUAAUAUUUUUCUAUCAUCUGGCUGAUUAAUCAACCGAUACAGAGCUGAUGAAUUACCUUGAGAUGUUUAUUUUUUUAUUUUCCAACUGUAUUUCCUUCUUUGAAUUUACAAGAUUGUAGAUCUGCAAUAAUUUUAAGAGGAAAUUAAGUUUUGAUGAAUUAUUGUUUUCGUAUUUAUUAUAAACUUUUCCUUUUAUUUUAUUUAAGUAAUCACCAGAUUUAAAUUAUAAUUUAUAACUGCUAACAUACUAUAUAUAACGUUAUAUCAAAUUAGACUGAUACUAGGUUUUGUGUUGUAUUUUUUUUUUUUACUUUUUUUUAAAAAACUGAUUACUGAUUCAAUGUAUUUUUGGAAGCUCAAAUCUAAAUUGUCUAAAAGACUUAAGUUGUUCAAAAGCCUUGCGACAACUGCUUCUACCUCAAGAGGGACUGCGCCUCUAACAUAGUCAAAUAUUUCUUAAAUAUUUUUAAUUAUUAUAUUUUGUAUGAUAAUAUUGUAUAGUAGAUAGAUUUAAAAAGUAAUAUUUUCUGAUAAAUGAUUUAGGAAAUAUGAUCUAUGCAUCAACAACGAGAUUUUAUCAUUUAUUUUUUUUAAAUAUAGCCUAUCUUUGAUAACCAAAAUGAACUAGUGGGCCAAAUAAUGUUUCACUAUUAUUUGUAUGUUUAACAUAAUCAUUUCAUGUAAAAAUUUUGUUUUCAAUUUAUUUAAUUAAAGAUUGUAUAUAGUUUUACAAAAUAGCUUAUAUAGCUUUGGUUUGGUAGUGGCACAACUAAAAAAAAAGUGCUUUUUUAAAAUUUUGUAUUGAACGUAUUAUAAAGAUAAUUAAGUUCUAUCAUAGUGAAUGGCACAUCCUCAUUUAUUCGUGUUACUCAACAGUUGUGCUGUUAUCGUCUUGUACCCAAUAUUUCAUAAACAGUGAUAUAAGGCUUUUUGUUUAAUGGUGACAAAGUAGCUUUUAUUUUUAGUUGUGUAACUAUAAAUGUAAACAAGAAUAUGUUUCUUUAAGUGUUUGAAGGAGUCUGAUAGUAUUCAGCUUGACUAAGAUAUGUUUAAGACAUUCUAAAAUUCAUCAUUUAAGGAUAAAAACAAAAAUAAAAUAAAUAAAUAAACAUAUUAUAGUUUGACUUAAAUGGAUCUUAUAAGGGAUAAAAUAUUGGAAAUAAAUUACAAUUUUAAUGUUUGUAACAUUAUAAACUUACUUUAUACUUCUUAGUUUGAUUUUGGAGUAAUGAAAAUCUCUUAAACUACUUAACCAGAUUUUUUUAAAAAUAAUAUGAGAAGUAAUUUCUUUGUAUAAUUUUAAUUUUUAUAGAUGAUUUUGAAAAUAUAUAGACAGGAAUAGAUUCAUAAUUAAGAAUAAAUAAAAUUAAACAUAUAGUUCUUUGGCUAAUUAAUUACAAAUUUUAUUGCGUUUCGGAAUAAUAAUUUAUUAUUAUUUAAUUUUAAUUUAUCAUUUGGUUCUUUGCUAUCAUUUUUUAGUUUUAAUUAAAUGUGUUAUCUAAAAAUAUAUCAAUAUUUUAUUUUUAACACUAAAAAACAAAAGAGAACUGGAAAACCAUUUUUCCUUAUAUUAUUUUUAGUGGACUGGAUUCUGAUUUAUUAAAUUACUGAAACCCCACAAUAAUAAUACAAACUUGGUUUUUUUUGUGGGUCCUCCACUUCCUCGCUUUUAAGGCUAUACGGGGUUUUCCCGGGCCAGGGUGUGCGGUCGGGGAUUUAAAAGACUCCCCCGGCAGCCAAACGUGAACUCGUGAAUAUUUUAAAUCCAUUGUCUCUAUAUCAGGUUGCCAGGCAAUGGCGGUGCUGUGCACCCACAUAAGCCCGAUCGGCUAACCUCGUCCACGUAUACCAACAUUUAUUUAACGUUCUCUCGAUAAAAUUGGAUUUGAAAGAUUAGUGAUGCAAUUGUUAACUAAGUGAACUAUUUUUUCACUUAUGUUCCCAUACUUUUAUUAAUUCACAAUAUAAUUUAACAUCCUCAUAGUUACGUGUUCUUUUAAAUAUAUACAUUUCACAAGUUAAGAGCAUCCAAUUUAAUUACUAGUUAGUGUAAAUACCAGAAUCUUAAGACUUUUAUUUUUAUAAGUAGGUCUUUCUCUUGUCUGAUGUUUUAUAUGUAUCUGAUUUUUGAAAGCUAAAUGUCUUCAAAGUUCUAUUAGAUUUAUGCCUAUUAUCUUAAGAGAAAUAGGCAUACAAUUCAGAUAAAAGUGUUUGUAAAUAAAUACUGUAGUGACCUUUCUGUUACUAACUAAAAAGUAUCUUUUCACUUCAAAAAAUUUACUAUGUAUCUGUAGAUAUUUCUUAAUUUGAUUACAAACAAAAACCUGCGACUUAUAAAACAUUUAUAUAGUAAAAGCUAUUUGUCUCUUAAAUUCUACUUCUAAGAUUUUAGAUGAAAUCCUAUUAUCGGGUGUGUAUAUAUAUCUAUUUACAUCUAUACAUGUGCCAAUAUGUUUUCUUCUCUUAUUUCAAUAAAGAUCAUCUGCAUUUCCAUUAGGAGUAGAGUAAUAUAUUCAUUUGGAGAAAAAAUCAUGCUCCGAUUGUUCCUUGUUGUUAUAAAUAUUGUAAUAUUUAUUAAAACUAUUAAAUCUAGGUUUUGUUAUUGUAAAAAGAUUUUUAAUUAGAUUAACUGACAUGAUUUCGCCAACACACUGUAUUGUAUUUCAAAAUACAAACUUUUUUAUACUUGAAAUUCAGUUCUUAUAUCUGGUUGUUUAUUGUAAAAUCUUCUAAGAAAAAAUUAACGAUUUGUCUAAUAUAUAAUAUUACAAUAUUAAUUUUUAAUCGUAUUAUUUCUUAAUAAUAAAUUUUAUUAUUAAACAUUAAAUUUUGGACAUUAAAAAAGAUAGAGAAGAACUUUACAACUGGUAGGAAGGGGGAGGAGGGUAACAUUACAUCAAAACUAGAGUCACGUUUUAGUUUCCAACUUCCAGAAAAAGCUUUUCAUUUUAUUGAGAACUAUCUUUGAGUUUUAUAGAAAAGUUAUUACCAAGUCAGUUAGGUCCAUUAGUUUUGCUUAUGUCUUUAAAGAAAUUAUUCUAGUUUUGGAGUAAUGUUCUCUCAUUCAUUGAAUAAAAUAUUAAAAGUCCUAACACUUUGGCACUUUACUUAAUAGGGACAGCUACUGCAAUAUUUUUGUAUACAUUUUCCAUCAGAGAUUCAAAUUUAGCUUUAAACUGUACAAAAUUUCAUGGCUUUGGGUGACAAGUUGGUUGGGAUAAUUUAGCCUUUCUUAUUAACCAUAUAGCUCAUAAAACUAAAAAUGAGAUCUCCAUCACCCCAAACACAGAUAUUGCCCAACAGACAAGACAAGUUUUUGAAUAAAUUUACAUUAAUGAGACUUUUUAUAUGGAGUUAAAGUUUCUAGGAAUUAAAAAAUCUUUUUGGCCGAUGUUCCAACUAUCUAUCCACUGUUCUUGUCUCCAAUUUAAAACUACGACACUCUCAAAUAAUUAUGAAUGAAAGAUAUUCAUUGACCAUAGGCAAUAGAAUUGUAUGCAUUAUAACUUUUUUUAGAUGAAUAAUGGCAUAGUUUAAAAAGCCAUAUUUAUAAUGUUCUGUACUGUUGAUUGCAACAAAACCUUAAUAUUGGCCAAACUGUUUUGCCCCUUUAGAGUUUGGCCUUGUUUGUCUUCAUUAAUUGGCAUUUGGAAAGUAUUCAUUAUAAUAUUUAUAUAUUAGUUUUAAAGUUUUUAAAUCUCUACUUUCCACCAUUUAAAUGUUAGAAAAGUAUUGAAUCUCUGCAAAUGAUCAGCUAAAAUUAUCACUCUCUUUAUUAGUGUUUAUUUCAAAACAAUCUGUCUAUUAUUUUUCAAAAGUAAAUCUUAUAAAUAAUUAUUAAUUGUAUACUUGUAUAAAUUAUUUUCAAUAACAUUAGUUAAAUCAAGUAUCAAACUUAUCUUUAUAUUAAAAAAAGAAAGUCCAUAGAUUAGUAAUUAGAAAAGUAUUUGUGUUUUUAUUGUACCAUUUAAAUUAUUAUUGCUACUUUGUAAUAUGCUAGAACCACAUAAAUUAGAUGAUUACUAUAACUUAUUGUUGCUUUUAAGAGGCACUUAUAAUUCCAUAGAUAAAUUACAAGUAUUUAAACUGACAGUGUAUAAAGUGCUUUUAAUUUAAAUACUUCCACUUACAAAUACACUUCCACCGAUUUUUUAUUGAGUAUGGUCUGAUUUGAAAGUAACAAGACAUUAAUAAAAAUUUUUAUUGAUAUAAACAUUAAAAAGUAAACAAAAUUAUUAAUUAAAAAAGUUUAUAGCAUCAAAAUAAAAUCAGAUAAAUUUUGUCAGUGCUUAGCCAAAAUCCGUCCAAUAAUUGAACAAUGCAUAUAAAGAUAAACCAAUAUUAUAUUAAAUUUAUGCUGUUGUUAAUAAAUGAAAAAUCUUGCUGCAGUUUUAUAAUUUUUAAUUUAAGGUCAUUUGACCCUAAGUAAUGAAUGAUAACAAUUGAAAUUAGCUAUAAUUUAUAUAAAAAAGUAUUGGGCCUCAAAUUAAUUUUUGGAAUUAAUCAUGAUGUAUGGCAACAUAUGACUGUUACUUGGAAUUUAAUAACAAUAAAUAAUUGUUUAAAAAAAAACAUUUCACUAAAGUUGUUAUUAUUGGAAUAUUUUUCUGUAAAAAAUAAAAAAACAUUUAUUGGUAAAAAUUGUAGAUUGAAAAUUUUAUAUAUAAAAUCUGUUAAAUGUUCUCUUCGAUUAAAAAAGUACAUAAUUUAACUUAUUUUAAUUAAAUUUAGGAGAAAAAAAAAUGAAAAUCUUUAAUUUUUAAUCAAAGUACUAACUUUGGUAAAGCAAUACUCGUUAUUUGUCUCAUGAAAAAUAUUUUAAUUAACUAAUUUAUGAUUUAUUUAUGAUUAAUAACUACUUAAAUUAUGUCUUCUAUGUAAACAUUCAAUGGUCAAUUACUUACUAUUACACCUAAAUCAUAGUUUACUUAAAAUAGUAUCUCUCUAAAACAACUUUUAAUUUUUAUUAAUAUUUAAAACAAUGGUUACUUUCAAUCGGUGCUUAGAAUGAAAUUUUUAAUUUGUUAGCAAGACGCAGAAGAUUAUAUUUAGCUAAAACAAGCAGAGCAGUACUGAUUUUAGUUUUAUUCUUGAUACUUCAUUGAUCUUUUAAACAAUGUGAAAAUUAAAAAAAAAAUUAUAAAAAGGAAAAACCAUAAGCUGUUUAAUAAAUAAUUUCUGUAUAAUUGUAACUUAAAUGUCUAGUACAAUAUUUUUGUAUGAAUAAAAACUUUUAUUUUAUGAAGUUACUUUAAGAUAAUGUAUAAUAAUGAACUAGUGAUUAAAUGUUUUGUUUUUCAAUAUAUAUUUAUAUAUAAUUAUAUUUCGGAGACUGAUAUUGUCUUCAUAUCAAUAGAUGUAAUUUUUUAUAUAAUGUUGUAAUUGCUUGAAUUGUAGAUGCUUAAUAGUUUAGAAAAAAUAUAUAUGUUGUUUCUAAUAUGAAUGAGGUGUUAAAGUAAAGGCUUUAACUUAGUUAAAUUAUAUUUGUUAAAUAUGUUCUUAGAGUUUAUACAAAAUAUAUUAUAUAAUUUAAUUUCAGCUGAACUAUAAUGAUUAUUUAUGUACAGCAGUAAAUAAACGAGGAUGUGUAAAAAAGUAAAUAAAAAUUUUUAAAAAAAAUUAUAUGAAUUGUAAUAAACAAAAGUAAUAAGAAUAGAAAGAAAAUAAUAUUUAGUUAUAUUUUCAUUUAUGAGUAGUUUGUUGGUGGUAUAUAGUGUUGUACUCACGUGAAAGUUCCUGUUUUAAUGUUUACAAUUUUAUGUUUUAAUUUUAUAAUGGAAUAGUUUGGUGCUUUCUGAGUAUGGUUCCUUAAUGAACCAAACAAGCACCACCUGUUAUCACGAUUGAAGACUUGAAGUUAAAGAUGUUUUAAGGAAAAUAUAGUGUAGAAAGCUUUAAAAUAUUCUAUAAUAGAAAUUUUAUAAUCUGUUUUAUAUUAAUAAUUCUUUUUAUUUUUAAUUAAGCUCUAAUUUGUAUUAACCUCACUUAAAAGUGUUUAGGUUUUUUUUUUGUUUUUUUUUUUCAAUUUUCCUUCACAUGUUAUUCUUUAAGCCCAUUACAUGGAUUAGAAGUGACACCAACUCAUGCAAUGAUCUGAGAGAUGCACAUUAAGAUUUAUUUUUUAAAUAUUUUGGGUUUAUGUAGUAAAUAUAAAAUAAUUAUAAUAAAUUAAUUCAAUUGUUAUUGCUAUUAAAAUGAACUCAUAUUAUUUUUCAUGUACUGAAAUUAGACCAGAAUAUCUAUUUACUGAACUUUUUAUAGAAAAUAAUAGGAGUCUUGGUCUUUUAAAUCAGUCAUUUAAACAGAAACGGUUAAACACUACAAAACUUAUGGUAUGUGAUUACAUUUAAAAAAAUAAAAAUAAGGUGGUGCUUGUGAAUAUUUCUAAUAAUAAAUAACCCAUAGAGAUUGUUUAAAUUUUAUUUGUACGUAAUAUUUAGUAUUAAAAUCCAAACGCCUUUUUUUUUUUUUUUUAUAACUAUUAAUGUACAAUGUUAGUAAUAUGAAUGAUCAUUGAUUGUUUUAUAUAAGGCGAUUAGGUAAAUUAUUUUUAUCAAUUCUACUUAUCAAAAAAUAAUUGGUUUUAAAUUACACUACAUUUUCAAAAAUACUUUGCUUAAGACCUAUUAUUAAUUCAAGUCUUCAUAUGGUAUUGUAAAGUAUAUUUAUUUCCAAAUAGGUAGAGAUAAGUGUUAGUUAUUUUUUAAAAUAAAAACUCUGCAAAAUAAGCAGCCACAAAAUGUUUUGGAACAUUGAAGAGCGAUUAUCGUAUGUCAAUGACAAUUUUAUCAUUAUUCAUCUUUUCUUUAAAUACUACUAUGAGACUUAAUUGUAAAUAUCUAAAAAUUUGAAAAUAACCCCAAUUUCAAAUUAUAUUUUUGUAUCAAGCCAUGUAAUUCAUUUGAUGGUUGUGUCCAAAACAAUAUGUUUAGCACUUAAGCAUUUUCUUAAUAUCAAUUUAAUAGGCGUCUGCUUAUCCAUGUGCCUAAUUUUAUAAAUUGUAUAUUUGGUUGUAUAUUUCUACAAUAAUAUUGUUAUAUAUAUUAUUGAAUGUAAUUUGUUCUAGAUUCAUAAAUGUGUACAAAUAGACUUGUUAAAUAUUUAAUUUUAUUUUCUUAAAUUACCCAUUAAUAAAUAUAAAAAUCAAAAUAAAAA